AUGUGCUGGAGCAGACUGAACUAUCGCCGGUAUUCGUUGAAUAGGGUUUUCCCAUGGACUGUAGGUAAUCAUAUAUUAGCAAGAGGUAUAAAAUUAGAAUAUGGUGUAUUAUUAGGCAAUCAAGAUGGUGAAAAUUAUACAAUUGUAACAUCUUUUGGAUUUAACAAAAGUCAUUUACAUGCUAGAUUUAUACAAUUACAACAAGUUUAUCCUCAAUGUAUAAUAAUUGGAAUAUAUCAGAUAAUAGAUUCAAAUAUAAAUUCUUCAACUAUUAAAUUACACGAAUUAAAUAAAUUAUGUCAAACUUUUGAAUUACCAAUUAUAUCGUCUCCAUUAUAUUUAACUUAUUCAACCACCACAAAAGAUAAAUUUCCAUUUAAAGCAUAUUCCCUCAAUACAAAUACAAAUCUUGAUAUAAAAUUAGCAAUAAAUGAAACAGAAAAUAUUGUUGUUUCAACAAUUGAUAAAUAUAAAAAUUAUACAUCAAAUAAAGUAGAUAAACAAACUGAUUUAUCAAAACAUUUAAAAGAAUUGAAAAAAUUGAAUAAAAAAUCAAAUCAAGCUUUAACAUCCGAAGAACUAAAACAAAUUGAAUAUUCNGUUUCAACAAUUGAUAAAUAUAAAAAUUAUACAUCAAAUAAAGUAGAUAAACAAAUAGAUUUAUCAAAACAUUUAAAAGAAUUGAAAAAAUUAAACAAAAAUUCAACGAAUCAGGCGUUAACACCUAAAGACUUACAACAAAUUGAAUACUCCAAACAUCUAAACUUACAAUUUAUUCAAUUAGCUUUAUUAACUGAACAAAAAAUUAAUUUAGAUAAAGUUAAUCAUCAAUUUGUUAAAUUAUGGAGAUUAAGUUAA